CCAACUAGAGGGCUCCCCCUUCAGCAUCUUCUCCUCUCCAAAGGCCCCACCUCCACGUACCGUGCGGGGAUUGGAGCUGCACCACACCAGCUCUGCGGGACGACCUCCCGCCUAGCACCCAGGAUGUUGGGUGCCUGGGACGGGGUCGAAGCCGAGACAGGAAGCGCCUGGAGGGAAGGUGCGCUCCUCAGAGGCAGGCCCCAUCCAGACCAGUUCAUCAGCUGAGGGAAUAAAUCAAUGAGAGGGAGCAGAGGAGUGGAGCAGUAGGAAUAUGGGCGGGAAGACGGCGCCGGAAGUUGCCCUCACUCGGCGUUAGAGCACACGUCCUUCCCCUGCGGCGCGGAGGAGGUGCCUGUUCUGUGGUCCCAGCUCUCCCGAGUGAGUCAGAGGUGUGCAAGAGGGACGGGCGAGGAGACACAGAGUUGAUGCCCCGCCCGGCCUGGCCUUUGGCCAGUCCGAGUCUCAGGCCCGCUGCCCCGGGCUUCCCAUCCCUGCGCUCCAAGCCUGUCCCCCUGGGGCCUCCCAGGCCUGUCCACUGAUCGCCCCAUGGGCCGUGCCCCGUGGAGUGGCACAGUUCCUCCUCACUCGGGAGCCUCAUGCGACUUCUCUUCUCCGCACGCCUAUGGGCUCCAGAAAUGACUCAUCUCCGUGGGGCUGCACUCGGCGGUCUUCUCUCACUUCCUGCCUGCUCUCUGCACCACACGUGCUCCCAGGUGAGCCCUGGAGACACACCUGGAUGUACAGGUGCCACUGGAGGUGGAGAGGACGGGGUCAGGUGCAGCGCUAGGGGCAGGUGGUUCCAGAAUCAAGACCUCAGCAAGCGAGGGCCACGGCCAGCAUGGGAACCAAAGCACUGCACUGGGAGGCAACUUCCCGCCCUGCCCAGCAUGACUGAAGCGGCCUCCCGUCAUCCUGGGCAGCCAUGCCUGGCAGCCAGAGGCGGCGAACUCAGGGACAGGAGGCUGCUGAGAUUCCCACUGCACCUCUGGGAAGUACGGGGCUUGGCACAACGGCCCCCACUCGUGGGUACACUCAGUCUAGUUGCUGCUGAGAGACGAAUGGCUUUACCCAGGGGCUGUGGGCAGCGUAGGGCCGUCGAGGGGCUGCACACGUGGACAGUUUACUGCAGCUUAGAUUCCAAACACGCUUUGACCGCGGUGUGUGGGAGGGUGGAUUCCAGGGCAUGUGAGGGCUGGACAAUGACCCAGAGGAUCCCUAUCACUAAGUCAUCAUUUAUCUUGGAAUUAAGGAAAAUAUGGCGGCUGGUUCUCUCCUCUGCCCCUUUUUUCUGCAGGCGGGUUUCCAUGCGGGUUUUCUGGACACUCUGUGACUUCUCCGCUCAAACAUCCCCCUUCUUCCGAAGCCCUGGGUGCUUACUGCACAAAACUGGCAUCGACCCAGGGUCCCAGGCCAGGACCACUGCUUCUAGGGGGUCUGACUCCGGCAUGUGGGGCCUCUUCCACAUCUCCAUCGGGCAGGCAGGGAGGGGGGACACUUGUGCUGCUGCCAGAGGCUGUCUCCUUAAAAUAUUCCAGUCACAUCGCCGGCGGUGCAGCCGUACCCCGGGUGCAUUGUAACUGAGGGAGAAUUUCAUUUUGUUUUUGAAAUGCUGUUAUUACACACUCAGGAAACCCACAAAGGCACCUUGGCAGGACAGGAUCAAAUAAAUACCUGAACUCAGAGUGCAGCAACAUUUACUUAGCAAAUGACAUUUUAAUGCUGCUAGUUGAAUUUACAUACUAAUUAAAAUUUCCCUUUAAAACAUUGAGACUUUUGGCCUCCCUGCCUCCCCGUGAUGACAAAGAUUAUUAUGUCCUGUCAGGCAGAGUUUCCCGUGAUCGGUGGGGACACAUUUGCAGCAUCCCCUGAUUGCUUCCCCAGACAGAAUUCAGUGCCAGGCCUCCUGCACGCCCGUCUGCUGCUCUGGGCUGGGCUGGAGUCACAAGGGAGUCCC